GAGGAGGAGGGUCUCGAAGCCACAGGAAGUGGGCCGGGCCUCCCUCGACAAUGCCUGGAGCCACUAAGCUCUUUCACAAUGCUGACUUUGACCUGUUGACUUCGCGCUCAGGGUGCAGCGCUUCGCUCGGCACCGGCCACUCGCGAGAGGACUCACACCUGGCGUGGUGACUCUGCUGCCCCUGAGCAACGAGCGGAGCCGACAUGCAGAAUGUGCCGGAGGAGCGGUGGGAAGGUCGGGAUGAGGUCAAGAGGAGAGGCGACGGGGCGAGCAAGAGGGCCGGUGAGGAGGCGGAGAGAGAGACGCUGAUGAUGGAGCUGACGAGGCUGGUGCAGCGGACGGUGAAGGGGAGCAGCUGGUGGGAGAGGAGGGGGAUCGACUGCAGCAUCCUGGCUGCGGCGUUCCUCUGCCUGCCGCCCGCCUUCCUGCUGCUCUCCUCCUCUCGCCUCCUGUGGUUUUCGGCGGGCGUGUUGCUGAUGGGCGUCGCCCACGCCGUCCUCACCAUCAAGGGGACGCACCUGGCGAGCCACGGGUCGCUGAGCGAGUCGCCGGCCUGGGCCGAGCUCUGGGCCGUCUUCUUCAUCGAGAUCUGCGGGUCGUUCUCGGCGCGGGCCGGCGUGCGGGGCCACAUCAAGAUGCAUCACGCUCACACCAACGUGAUUGGACUGGGCGACUCCAGCGUCUGGAAGGUUCCCCUGCUGCCUCGCUGCGUCUACCUGUUCCUCGCCCCCCUCACCAUGCCCGUCAUCACGCCACUUGUGGCGCUCGCUCAUCUCAAAGGUCACCCUCUGACCCACGUGGUCAGGACCGUGCUGAUGGUCUCGCUGGGCCUGUAUUCACAGUACUGGCUGCUGAUCCACGUCUCCGGGUUCGAGUCCGCUCGCGGCGCCCUGCUCUGCAUGCUCGUCUGCAGGGCCAUGUUCUCCGUGCCCUACAUUCACGUCAACAUUUUCCAGCACAUCGGCCUCCCCAUGUUCUCCCCGACCGGUCGACCGAAGAGGAUCCACCAGAUGACUCACGGAGUCCUGAACCUGCCCCGGAACCCGGUGCUGGACUGGAUCUUUGGACACUCUCUUAUCAACUGCCACGUGGAGCAUCAUCUGUUCCCCUUCCUGUCUGAUAACAUGUGCCUGAAGGUGAAGCCCGUCGUGUCCAGGUAUCUGGCCGAGAAGCAGCUCCCGUACCAGGAGGACAGCUACGCCUCCCGCCUCAGCCUCUUCUUCCACAGGUACCAGGAGCUGAUGGUGCUGGCUCCGCCCAUCACGGAGCUGGUGGCGCUGCAGUGACGCAGGACGACACUGACGAGCAUCCACACUCAAACAGCACAACCUCCUGCGCCCGGGAUGGCGUUUCAAUCAACACUGACACUGACACGUUAGAUUCAUGUAGUCUUCUGUUAGGAUUUAAAUUAAUCUGAUGUUCUGUAUGUGAUUAAAUCGAAUGGCACGAAGCUCUCGGUCACCAGCUCGAUGAGGUUGAUGUAUGAGUGUUGUAUUUAAAGUCACAGCUCUUCAAACUGACCUGGGGUCUGUCUCACGGAGCGAGUUCGACUCACUCAGGCUCCGUUUGAGCUUCCUGGAUGAAUGUGGCUCCUUCCUGGUUCCUGUGGCAGAAACAUGCAGCGUCAACAGAUUAUUCACAGGAUCAUAUUUCAUGAGAUAUAUGAAGGAAAAGUUGAUUCCCACUCUGGAGGAGAGUUUCUGGACACUUUGGUGCCGCAGGCGAGACGUUCACUGACACACCUCAGCAGACGGAUCUUUUUUAUUUCCUCGGCCAAAGAGGUCACGUGAUUAGUUCAGUUUGUUUUCCUGUUUGUUUGUUUUAACCAUUAUAAUUAUUUAAUCAUAUUUUAUUAAAGUGGUUCUCUAUUCA